CAAAUACUGUUGUCAAUAAAUUCUUCUGUUCUGCUUGGAGUAGUAAUUAAAAUUUAUUGUUAGAAAUGUGGCAGUACUUCUACGCUCACGCAACUUAUCAUGGUGUGAGAUGGUUUCCUCAGGGCAAUCGGUUGAAAAUGAGUCUGUUACUGAUGGUUUUUGCCCUAUUGCUGCCAGUUCCUCAGUUGUAUGUGGUUAGUCUGGACAGUUCAUCGAGAGUGUGUGAACAACCGUUGCUGGAUCUGGCUAUAGCAGCCAUUGUCUUAUCAUUCUUUACCAUAGCAUUUUCGUUGUUGUUCUGCAUAUUGAUACCUGUGCCACGAGAGUUAAAGAUAGCCUUCCAUGUGUUUGGUGUGGCCUGUCUUAUAGUUGGGUUGAUGCAGACAGCGUAUACAUUCCAAGCUAAGCAGGACUGUUCUGUGUCCACACCAGAACUGUAUUACCUGUCACUGACCAGUUCCAUGUUUUCUGUUGUCUGUUUAGUUUUUCUGGGCGUGAUGUUCCCUUUCUGGGUGAUCAACAAAGUGAAGACGAAUGUGGUGAUGGACCCAUACAGUCGCACUGGAUUGUGUUACGAACCAACCAAAUGCUGCACAUGUCUCUGGCAUAUUUAGAGCAUGUCGAGUACAAGAGUAGGUGUGAUGAGUGGUUUAUUGGAUUGGAAACUUUACGCUAAUCAAAAAUAUAUGUAUCAACACUAUGCAGUUUAACCAAAAAAAUAUCUUCAUAUUUUUGUAAUUACAUAUUACACUCAUGAAAAGUAAAAAAAAUGUAGCAUCCAUUCACUAAUACUUGAUGUAUGACCUUUGUCAUAUGUGAACAUGGAAAUCAUGUUGUAAUUGGUAUAAUUACUGCCUAUGAAACUUGUAUUCGGACAGAUUUUAUUCGGAUAUACAAAUUUGAUCGUCAGUAAGGAUACAGAAUAUCUGUAGAAGACGUGACACUGCUUAAGGUUUUCAGUUGUUAAAAAUCUGAGUUAUUUUUGCUACAGUAUUCUUUCAUAUUUGAUGUUGACAAGAUUGGAAAGUUGAAAAGAAGAUGUCACACAAGGUUUCCUGUAUUCCAGUCUGUCUGGUAUAUUUCCUAAGACUUCACAAUUCCAAGUAACAGAAUGCUAAUUGGUCUUGUGGCAUAGCUAGACUUCAGUAAGGGAUUUUCGAAAAUUGCCUAUUUUGGACAUGAAUGUCAAUCGAUAAUAACGGUAACUGUAAUUAAAUGCACUAAAUUAUUGAAAAAUUGGGCAGUUUUGAAGAAGUUGUGGUUCACAAGUUUUUACGUGACUUUUACAUUCAUUGACAUUUGAUUUUUGUAAAUGAAUGCUAUGGAUUUUGUAUUUAAUACAUGGAUUUUAACAGAAACUCAGAUUUACACAUGUGGCAAAGAUCAUGCUUACAAAAUAUAUGCUUUCAGAUUUUAAAAAAAGAAAUAUUUGUCAGUAAUUGGAUGUUGCAAUUUUAUCUCACCUGAGCAGGAAGUGCUCGGGAUGAGUUGUGAUCUCUCACCGUCCAGCCAUCUAGUAUCCGUCUAUCUUCCAUAUACACUUUUCUUCAAAUGUCGUCUCCUCUGAUACUACUGGUCAGAAUUGCACCAAGCUUAGCCAGAAGCUAUGUUAAAUUUAUUUAAAUAUUUUAGAUUUGCCCCUUUUUGGAGGGCCUAGAGCUAAAAAUAGAACAUUUAAAUGACUUCUUCUCAUGAACUGCUUGAUGGAUUUCAAUCAGACUUGGACUCUAGCAUCAUUAAGUAUAAAGUCCUAUCCCAAUUUUGUCCAAAUUAAGGUGCUUAGCCCCUUUUAGGGGAAGUAGAAAGACUUUUAAACAACUUCUGCUCAUGAAUCACUGGAAGGAUCUUCAUCAUAUUUGAACUGUAGCUUCAUUAUAAGGUUCUCUUCCGAUUUUGCUCAAAUUGAAGCACUUGGAAUCUUCUAGGGGCCACUACAGUUAAAAAAGAAGUAACUUUAAACAACUUCUCCUCGUGAACCACUUGAUGCAUCUUCAUGAAACUUCCUUGGUAACAUCAUUGUAACGUCCUCUCCUAAAUUGGUUAAAAUUGAGGAGAUUGAUUCCUUUUAGGGGUAAAUAGUAACUAAAAAUAGAAAUACUUUUAAAUGACUUCUUCUCUUGAACUGCUUGAUGCAUCUUCAUUGACCUUGGAUAGAUGUUCACCAAACUUGUUCUGUAGUAUCAUUGUAAAGUCCUCUUCCAAACUUUGUAAAAUGUGGACACUCAACGCCCUUUCAGGUGCCACUAGAGCUAAAUAAGAAAUACCUUUAAACAACCUCUCCUCAUUAACUGCUGGACCUUCCAAAAUGCUCCCAGCCUGCUCCAGUGGUUUGUGUGUAUUUUUUCAACCCAGUCUUAAUGAUCUAAGUAGCAUAUAGUGUUUGAACGGUUUGUCAUCUGACACUUAUUUAUGUAAUCAAUUUCUAUUGCCUUUGAAACUUUCAACACCUGGAGAUCAUGUGGGGAAGUUGGCAGUUACUUGCGGAGAACAGGUUUGUACUGGUACAGAACCCAGGAACACUGGUUAGGUUAACUGCCCGCCGUUACAUGACUGAAAUACUGUUGAAAAACGGCGUUAAACCCAAAACAAACAAACAAACACCUGGAGCAUAAUAUGGUUCUGUUCCAAAGUUGCACACUCUGUAGCCUGUUAAAGCUCUGAAACUCAGGCGAGAGAUCUAGGGUCAUCAUGGCCGUCUUGUUUGGUAUUUGUACAUUAUAUAGUGAGGUUGUAUUCUGUGAACAUUCUUUAUCCGACAGUUUAUCUGUUUUGAGUUUAAGUAUCAUUCUUUUAUUGUAUUUCCUUCAUUUGUGAGCAUUAACUUAAUACAAGAAAUACUGUAAAUGGAAUUGAAUAAUCUGAAACUCUUUACUUCGGUACUUGUUGUCACAAUUUAUUAUGAUUUAUAUUUGAUAUAGUUUUACAAAACAGACCAAACUUGUUUUUGCUCAAAGACUACUUUAUGUUUAAAAGAGAAAAAUUCUUAUUACCAGUGAGAUAGGUAUAGUUUGUAUUUACAUUUAUAUCAAUUUUUGUUUUUGUAUGUGCAGUAAAACCUGAUAUUACGCAAAAUAUUGUCAUAUUUUUCAAGACUUUUUAGAAUGGUAAAAGUUAAAGACAUUGGAUGAUUUUAUUUGAUAGCGGCUUUGUAUAAGAUUCAGUAAAAAUAGACCUUAGAAAAAUUUGGCUUUGGGGACAAUAGUAAGGUGUAUGGGAAAAUCAAAUUUUCAAACACAAUAUGUUUGAUUCUUUUAUAUUAUUUCUUUUUGCUUUUAAACACUUGGGAUUCUAUAAAAAUGGUAGGAGAUUGUAGAAAAAUUAAAUUGUAUAAAUAUAUGUCAAGACACUACUGAAAAGAUUUUACGUAAAUGAAUGUGUAAGUUUAAGAAGUCAUAUUCAAAGCAUACAUGUAUGUCAAGGUACCCACCUUAUUUAGCCAUAUUAAACAUUUUUCAAAUCUAAAUAAACUACUAAAUGGCAAUAUUUAUCAGUAAUCAAGUUUACCAGGUUUAUUUAAUAUUUCAGUUUAUUUACAUUGUUUUAAAAUGUUGUAUCUAAAAAGAAUUAACUCUUCUUUUAAAGUAUUAAUUGAAUCAGCUUAAAGUUGAUACAUUAUCAGUUAAAAGGUUAGUCCCAAUUCGUGACUCUAGUUACCUCCCCUGACAGUCAAACUGAAAUGAAAUGAAAGUGAUAAUUACGCAACGAGUUGGAGAAGUAAAAGGUAUGCGACCAAAAUAGGAAUAUUGAACAAAUGAAAGAUACGACACUAUUUCACUAUAUCCUACUUCAAUGCAUUUAUUGGGAAAAGGGUCCUCUGAAGGAUAAUCAUAAGCAUGUGAGUCAUCCAGUGUCUUUUAAGUUUAUACCCUUUGGUCAAAAUAACCUGUAAUUUGUCAUUAAACAGCCAAACAUGUAUCUCAGACUGUGUCCAGGCAUCUUCCACACUUUUUAUUUUGUUUUUACAUUUUUGUCCCCAUCAUCAAAUACUGACAUAUUUCAGUAAAUAUUGGACACAAUAUUAAAAACAAAUAUUAAAUUUUGAUAAGAUGUUUCAACAGCAACAAUUAUAUUAAGCAAGCUCACUGAGUUACAAAAUGAUAUUCCUCAUCUUAAAGCUUAAAACUGAGUCACAAUCUCUGCCAUUUGUAGCAAAUACAUUUGCAGGGAAUACAUAUGCCGGGAAGAAUAUUUGUUUAAACAGCAUUUCAACAAAAAUCAAAGUGUAGGUGUAAAAUGUUUGUUGACUAUAUAAGAAAUGUUUAUUGCAUUUAAUAGCAAUUGUAGAAAAAUAGUUCUUUGUUUUUCUGGCCUUAUAUUACAAUCUCUUCCAUUUAUUACAUUGUACAUGUUCAUUUUAAAUUUGUCUUGCCCAGAUUAACGUUUAUGCUGUUUUGAAUUAUCCAUAUUAUAGUGACAAAUAAUUUUUGAAUAUACUGUUGUUUUUUUUUUGCUAAAUUGUUAGAGAUUAUACAAAUAUUCUUAAGAAAGUUUAAAUUAGUUUAAGCUAAAUGUUGAUUAAAGAACAUCACAAAAGACUGUAUAGGGAAAUUAUCUCAACAUAUUUCUUUUAUUGAUUUGUUGAGUCACCUUGUUAAAUGAUUUGUAAAAUUUUAUAUGUUUGUUUCAAUAGUACUAAUUUUUAUUAUAGUUUGGUAUAGGUAGUUGGAUUUGAAAUUAUAUAAAGAUAGGUCUGCACUUUUGCUAUAGUGAAGAGUAACUUACAACACAGAAUCCUCCGAAAUGAAAGACUCUGAGAGAGUGUAACAUAAACGUACAAUUAUUGAGAGAAAAAAAUAAAGAGAGUACAACAUAUGCAAUAUGAUUUUUGAUGUUUUAUAAAAGCAGAAGUAUUUUAAUUAUAAGUUUAGAUCAUUUUUAACACCUUGAAGUAACAUAAUGUCAAGAUUUAAAGUAAAUGUUCAGAAUCCAGAAACCUCUUUUGUUAAUUAGGCAUACGACCGUCAAACUUCAAAGGCUGUUCCUGUGGUCAGUGGUUCAACCUAUAGUUUUGCUGGUCAGUUGGAUGAAGGUCAAUGUGACAGUGACCACAAGACUUAAUCAAAGCCUUGAGAUGUCUGGUGGUUGCGGGUUUUGCUAGAGUUAUUUUCAUUUUAAUUGCCAAUCUAUAAAUAUACAUGUAUAAGAAACAAAUACUAAUGUGCCUCAUAUCUAAGAUAACCUCUGCCUGACCUUACAUGAACAGCUGGAAGUCAAUGAUGUAAACAUGGGCUGGGAUACCUAAUCAUUGACAGAUCUUAUAUAAUCUAAAUGGCCAGUGUGAAUGGAUAGAGGAUGAAUAAGAACUGCUUGAUCAUUGAUAAUUCAUCCGCAUUGUUCAUGAAUGGGACUACUUUGUGUAGCACAUGAACAAAUUCCUUUGGAUGUGAUUUGGAAUCAAAUAAAGAUGCUACAUGAUUGUCAGAGAUACACUUAACUUUGGUAGCGGGAUAAACCCGCAACUAAAAAGUUGCUGAUUAAUAGCUGAAAUACCACAGGAGUCUGAAAUUCUAUCAGUUAGAUUCAAGAAGUCUUGUAGUCUCAAUUUAUAUACUGGAGUUUUAUUGAUAGAUUUUCAGACUCCUGUGGUAACACAAUUUGCUUAUUGUUGUUAGAUUUUGAUAGAAUGCUUACUAUAUAGAAAACUAAAAAUUGUUUUAUUUAUUAGUGUGCUUUCCUAAACAUUCAAAUCAGCCUGUUGUUAUAAUGGAGAGAGGUUAUUUUUUAUAACAUCAGCCGUACACUUGUUUCGUUUUUUCAUUUUUUAAAAAGAGAUAAAAAGACAGUUUUCAUGUUGUUUGAAAUUAUAAGUGCAGCUGUAAGGUAAAUCAAGGUAUUACUGACUUUUGCACUCAUCUCUGAACACGAAUAACAUAUUUUAUUUUAUGAUUUAUGUCAUAACAUGUACAUUUUCUGUGAUAAUAUAUUUUUAUAUCCGUCCAAUAAGCAUUUAUUAACAAACUUUGUUAUUUUUAGCUCACCAGAGCAUGAAGUGCUCAAGGUGAGCUAUUGUGACCGGUCAUUGUCCAGCAUCCAGCGGCGUCCGGCGUGUGUCAACAUUUGCCUUGUUAACACUCCAGGGGCAACAGUUGUAACCCAAUCUUUAUGACACUUUGUCAGCAUGUUUGUCUUGAUGAUCUCUAGGCCAAGUUUGAAACUUGGUCAUGUGGGGUCAAAAACUAGGUCAGUAGGCCAGAUAAAAGGAAAAUCUUAACACUCUAGAGUCCACAGUUUAAGUUGGAAACUCAUGAGAAUUGGUCAGAGUGUUUGUCUUGAUGACAUCUAGGUCAGAUUAGAAUCUAGGUCAUGUGGGUUAAAAAACUAGGUCACCCAGUCAAAUCAAAGGAAAAGCUUGUUAACACUCUGGAGGCCACAUUUGUAACAAAUCUUUAUGAAACUUAGUCAGAAUGUUUGUAUAGAUGAUCUCAAGGUCAAGUUUGAAACUAGGUCAUAUGGGGCUAAAAACUAGGUCAGUAGGACAGAUCAAUGGAAAAUCUUGUUAACACUCAAGUCCACAGUUUAAAUUUGAAACUCAUAAGAAUUAAUCAGAGUGUUUGUCAUGAUGACCUCUAGGUCAGAUUCAAAUCUGGGUCAUGUAGGGUCAGAAACUAGGUCACCAGGUCAAAUCAAAGGAAAAACUUGUUAACAAUCUAGAGGCCAUAGUUGUAACCCAAUCUUUAUGAAACUUGGCCAGAAUGUUUGUCUUGAUGCUCUCUAGAUCAAGUUUGAAACUGGGUCAUGUGAGGUCAGAAACUAGGUCGAUAGGCCAGAUCAACUCUGGUGAGCGAUAACGGGCCAUCAUGGCCCUCUUAUUUCCUUAUAACAUCAUUUUUUAUAAUAUCUUGUGUUAUCUGUUUAGUUUUGUAUUUAUUUAUUAUUUUGUUGUGUAUAUACUACUAUAUUGUUUAUCAUUUUUGUCAGUUAAGAAUAUCGAUUAAAUGUCACACUUAAACAUGAUAAUUAUAUUAGAAGGAGUCACCAUCUGCUGUAAACAGAUUGGAAAUUCAUACAUUAAAGUUUGUAGACCAGUCUGAAAAUGCAGUCUUGCCAUUGGCCAGCAAAACAUUUAAGAAAUAAGUGUAUCUGUGAUAAAAAGAUGCAGAGUGAAUAAUUGGUAAAUGUUUAAUUAAUGAUUUUUGAAAGGUUUGAAUAGAAAUCUGGAAAUAAAAUAUUAAAAUCAGUUAAGGUGGUUAUGCAUGUUUGGAGCAAAUGUUGUUCUCGAAUGUAGAAUUUAUUAAACCAUAUCUUUUUAAAGCAUCAUUGUAUCCAAAGGAACAACAGCCAUAACAAGUAAGGGUCAUUUGCUUGAUUUUUAGCUCGACUAUUCGAAGAAUAAGUAGAGCUAUCCUACUCACCACGGCGUCGGCGUCGGCGUCGGCGUCACACCCUGGUUAAGUUUUUCGUACCAGUCCACAUUUUGACAAAGUCUUUUGAGAUAAAGCUUUGAAACUUUCAACACUUGUUUACCAUCACCAUGUCCAGUUAUAGGCAAGAGUACAUAACUCUGUCAAGCAUUUUGACUGAAUUAUGGCCCCUUUUGACUUAGAAAUCUUGGUUAAGUUUUUCGUACCAGUUCAUAUUUUGACAAAGUCUUUUGAGAUAAAGCUUUGAAACUUUCAACACUUGUUUACCAUCACCAUGUCCAGUUAUAGGCAAGAGUACAUAACUCUGUCAAGCAUUUUGACUGAAUUAUGGCCCCUUUUGACUUAGAAAUCUUGGUUAAGUUUUUCGUACCAGUUCAUAUUUUGACAAAGUCUUUUGAGAUAAAGCUUUGAAACUUUCAACACUUGUUUACCAUAGCCAUGUCCAGUUGUAGGCAAGAGUACAUAACUCCAUCAAGCAUUUUGACUGAAUUAUGGCCCCUUUUUGACUUAGAAAUCUUGGUUAAGUUUUUCGUACCAGUCCACAUUUUGACAAAGUCUUUUGAGAUAAAGCUUUUAAACUUUCAACACUUGUUUACCAUCACAAUAUCCAGUUGUAGGCAAGAGUACAUAACUCCAUCAAGCAUUUUGACUGAAUUAUGGCCCCUUUUGACUUAGAAAUCUUGGUUAAGUUUUUCGUACCAGUUUAUAUUUUGUGUAAAGUGUUUGACAUAUGGCUUUGAAACUUUUAUAUCUUGUUCAGUAUAAUAGUCUCUAUCAAUAGGCAAGAGUACGUAACUCUCUCCUCUUUUUUGGCUGAAUUAUGGCCCUUUUUGAACUUGGAAACUGGUUCUGUUUUGUAUAUGUCCAUGUUUUGUCAAGACUAUUUUACAUAUGUCUUUUAAACUUUAAACACUUGUUUAUCAUUAUGAUUUCCAUCUGUAGGCAAGAGUACAUAACUUUGACAACUAUUUUGACUGAAUUAUGGCCCUUUUUGGACUUUCAAAUUUGUUCAGUUUUUCUUACAAGUCAGCGUUUUGUCAAAACUAUUUGAACUGUGGCUUUGAAACUUUUAACACUAGUUUAUCAACAUGAUUUCCAUCUGUAGGCAAGAGUACAUAACUCUGUCAACUAUUUUGACUGAAUUAUGGCCCCUUUUGGACUUGGAAAUUAGUUAAAUUUUUCAUAUAAGUCCAUGUUUUGCCUAACAUAUAACUUAACAUAUUUGCCAUCAUGGUCACACAUUGCCAUUUAGUGCAAGACUAAUCGAAAUCCACAAAUACAAGAACAUUUUUUGUUUAAUCCAUUUUUUUGUUUAGUCUGAAAAUCUAUGGAAAUAUUUUGACCCCAUUCUUCAAUCAAUUCUUCGAAUAGUCGAGCGCGCUGUCAUCCGACAGCUCUUGUUUGUUAGACCAAUUUGAAAAUGUUGGUCCUCCAAUUAAUUUUUUGCAGUGGAAUUCUAUGGAAAAAUUGAAGUUUUGAUGACAUUUUCGUAUAUAGUAGAUUUUCUGCAAUAUAGAUUUUAAUGAUUGUUGUCAUAGGUGUAGAGUUACCUAUUUUCAAUCGUAUGGCCAAAUAAAGUGUAUCGGUAGGUGUGCUUAAUAUUUCACAAUUUGCCAAAUAUCAGUCUAAGCCCGCCCACUUAGCUCAGUAGGUAAGAGCGUUGGUCUACGGAUCGCGGGGUCGCGAGUUCGAUCCUCGGGCGGGGCGUAUGUUCUCCGUGACUAUUUGAUAAACGACAUUGUGUCUGAAAUCAUUAGUCCUCCACCUCUGAUAAUUCAUGUGGGGAAGUUGGCAGUUACUUGUGGAGAACAGGUUUGUACUGGUACAGAAUCCAGGAACACUGGUUAGGUUAACUGCCCGCCGUUAUAUAACUGAAAUACUGUUGAAAAACGGCGUUAAACCCAAAACAAACAAACAAACAAACAGUCUGAGUCCUACCAUUGUUGCUUAUUUCAUGCUGUAUUUUAAAUUAUUGUACACCAAAACCUAUCUUUUAUCAAAAUUAAUCUUAAUUCUCAGAAUUUAAUAAAUUACCUGCAACAUUUAUGCUAUUUAUGUAGUAGCUCCCUUGCAUUAUCCAGGUUUUCUGGAUAAAGGACAUUACACUAUCACUUCUAGUGAAUCGAACGUGCAUAACCUCCUUAAGAACUUGUAUAAAGUGUUUUUUUAUUGCCAAUACUAACAUGUUUAGAUUUUAGUUGUAGCUUACACUAUUGUUUAUUUACCUACCGCACUGUAUAAAGUAGUUUAAAUUUGUUUAUAAAGAUCAGCUGGUCUGGUCUGUAUUGUUCGACAUUUUGUCUUUAAUGACAUUCCAUGUAGUUUUCUGAAUAAACUAUUCUUUUCUUAAA